CUUAUAAUAUCAUCUAGGGGACAGGAAUGGCACACCUUUAACAAGGGCGGCGGAGGCGGAAACAGACGGAAGGCGCUGCUGGACAGCUCCGGAGCGGGGCGCCCAUGUUCCGAAGACGGUGCAGAUGUGACGUGAUGCCCAUUAUUUUGGUUCGCCCAACCAAUGGAACGCAGCGGCUGGAUCCUACGGGUGCCGGGAUGGGCCUUUCUUGGCGGCAGCAGGACUCUCCCUUGCCGACCAUAACGCAUUGCGCAGCAUGCACCACCGCCCGGUCCUCCUGCGGCUUUAACGGCGCCGGCAUGGACGCGCCGCACCAGUUUCCGGCGGGCUUCGGCCCAGAGCAGCAGCGCCCGCCGCACUGUCAGCAGCAGCACGGCCAGGACAAGCAGAGCCUCCAGCAGCAGCAGCAGCAGCAGCAGCAGCAGCAGCAGAGCCCAUGCCUCCAGUGCAACAACUGCGCCUACUAUGGGGCUGCUGCGGCCGCCGCGGGGGAUAACCUGCCCCUGCUGCUCCGCACCAUCUCGCCCCACUCGGGCACGUUCCGAACUCAUUCCUCACCCCUGUCUUCCUCUGCCUCCUCCCGGCAGGGCAGCCAGCUGAACGUCAGUGAGUUCACCCCCUCCAGCCAUGCCGGCGCGUCCAGGCAGCACCACCAGUACGCCCAGUACCACCAGUGCCACAGCCUGCAGCAGCAGCAGCAGGCAGCGAGCCCCAGCAGCAGUAUCAGCAGCGGCAGCACCCACCACUACCAUCACCACCAUCAUCUCCACCACCACCACCAGCGCCGGGAGAGCAACCCAUUCACCGAAAUAGCCAUGAGUAGCUGCAGGUACAACGGCGGCGUCAUGCGGCCGCUCAGCAACCUGAGCUCGUCCCGUCGGAACCUACAAGAGCUGAAUUCCGAGUCGCAGCCGCUCGCCAGCCCCGCUGCCGCCGCCACCGCGGGCACCCCCACUGCUCCGGAGAUCGUGGUCUCCAAGCCCGAGCACAACAACUCCAACAACCUGGCGCUCUACGGCCCUGCCGGCCCUGGCCCCGGGCCGAGCAGCGCCAACAACGGCGGGGGCAAGUCCAGCAAGAAGAAGAACCAGAACAUCGGGUACAAGCUGGGGCACCGCCGGGCGCUCUUUGAGAAGCGCAAGCGCCUCAGCGACUACGCGCUCAUUUUCGGCAUGUUCGGCAUCGUCGUCAUGGUCAUUGAGACUGAGCUCUCCUGGGGCGCCUACACCAAGGAGUCGCUGUAUUCCCUUGCUCUGAAAUGCCUUAUUAGCCUCUCCACGAUUAUCCUGCUCGGGCUCAUCAUCGUGUACCAUGCAAGGGAAAUACAGUUGUUCAUGGUGGACAAUGGAGCAGAUGACUGGAGAAUAGCCAUGACUUAUGAGCGUAUUUUCUUUAUCUGCUUGGAAAUACUGGUGUGUGCUAUACAUCCCAUACCUGGGAACUAUACAUUUACAUGGACAGCCCGGCUCGCCUUUUCUUACGCUCCAUCCACAACAACAGCUGAUGUGGAUAUUAUUUUGUCUAUACCAAUGUUCUUAAGACUUUAUCUUAUUGCCAGAGUUAUGCUUUUGCACAGCAAACUUUUCACUGAUGCCUCAUCUAGAAGCAUUGGAGCAUUAAAUAAGAUAAACUUCAAUACCCGUUUUGUUAUGAAGACUCUCAUGACGAUAUGUCCAGGAACUGUACUGUUGGUUUUUAGUAUCUCAUUAUGGAUAAUUGCUGCAUGGACUGUCCGAGCUUGUGAAAGGUACCACGAUCAACAGGAUGUUACUAGCAACUUUCUUGGAGCAAUGUGGUUGAUUUCAAUAACUUUUUUGUCUAUUGGAUAUGGUGACAUGGUACCUAAUACCUACUGUGGGAAAGGAGUCUGUUUACUCACUGGAAUAAUGGGUGCUGGGUGUACUGCACUGGUGGUAGCUGUGGUGGCAAGGAAGUUAGAACUUACCAAAGCAGAAAAACAUGUGCAUAAUUUCAUGAUGGACACCCAGCUAACUAAAAGAGUGAAAAAUGCAGCGGCCAAUGUACUCAGGGAAACAUGGUUAAUUUAUAAAAACACAAAGUUGGUUAAAAAGAUAGACCAUGCAAAAGUAAGGAAACAUCAACGCAAAUUCUUGCAAGCUAUUCAUCAAUUAAGAAGUGUAAAAAUGGAACAAAGAAAACUGAAUGAUCAAGCCAACACUUUGGUGGACCUGGCAAAGACUCAAAACAUCAUGUAUGACAUGAUUUCUGACUUAAAUGAAAGAAGUGAAGAUUUUGAGAAGAGAAUUGUUACACUGGAAACUAAACUGGAAACUUUAAUUGGUAACAUUCAAGCUCUCCCUGGACUGAUUAGCCAGACUAUCAGCCAGCAACAGAGGGAUUUCCUUGAGGCUCAGAUACAAAAUUAUGAUAAGCAUGUUGCCUACAGUGCUGAACGAUCACGAUCUUUGUCAAGAAGAAGGAGAUCAUCCUCUACAGCACCACCAACUUCAUCAGAGAGUAGCUAGAAGAGAAUAAGUUAACCACAAAAUAAAGAUUUUUUGCCAUCAUAUGGUCAAUAUUUUAGCUUUUAUUGUAAAGCCCUAUGGUUCUAACCAGUGUUAUCUGGGUUCUGAUGUCAGAAUCCUGGAAACCUGAAUAUGCUUUAGGCCAAAAUGAGUUGAAAAGUCUUCUUUUUUCCCCCCUCCUCCUCUCAGAUGCACAGUGAAUGCACCUAUUACUGCUAUAUUACAUUGUUCCUUCUGUAAUUUCACUAACUUUUUAAUCAUGCACUUCAAACAAAUUUUACUACUACAGUAUAUAAUACAAUAAAAAGGUUAAUUUCUGCACAUAGUUGCUUGGUUACUUGGACUUAACAAUUAAAAAAAAAGCUCACAAUCAAAAGGCCUAAUUAUCAGCUUUCAAGAAGCAAAAUUGAAGCUUGAUAAGUGUUUCUCAGUAUGAAACUAACUCUCUAAACUUUGCUUGCAAUGGAGGGGGAAAAAAAUCAAUAUUAAUCUGACAAUGUCCUGUAUACAUAUAGUCAUUUUAAAAGGUCACUAAUAGCUUCGAUUUCUGAAGUAAAAAUAUAGUUUAUCCUAAAAAAUAAGUUAUGAAGUAUGCUAUGGGUUUUUUAAAUCAUCAUAGGGGUUUUGUUUAACAUGUGUUUGUACACACACAGAUAAUAUAUAUACAUUUAUAUACUUAUGUAUAUAAAAUUAUUUAUGCAAUGCCCAUGACAAAGAUCUUUUAAACUGGCUGUUUCUAAAGAUAGUGGCAUGCAAAAAUGACAGAUGAAGUCCUUUUCAUUUAUUCAGUCUUAUAAUUAUGCCAGGUAAGUAUGCCCAGACAAAAUCAUCACUUUCAAAAUAGAAGGCUCCCAUUCAUGCUGUCUGGAAAGUGUUAGGUUGCACCUUUCUCCACUCCAUUUUUUGUGUGUAGUAUUUCUGGAAUGAAUGACUGACACAAAGAGUUACAGUAUACACAGCUGUGUGAUAGCAGCACAGUGUUUUGUGUACAUUACAUUUGGAUAGUCGCCAUGGUUUCUGCUAUGCAGUCGAGUUUAGCAAGACGCUUCUAGCAAUAUUUCCAUUAGCUGUUAUAAAAAGAACUGCUGUAGAUGAUUGAAUUUAAACAGUGGGAUUUAAACAGUGGAUUUAAACCUGUGGGAUUUUAUUUCCAUGCACAAAUAAUAAUUUCUCCUGUUUUUUAAAAAAAAAACUCACAAAGAAUAGUGCACACAUUUGUGAAAAAGUCCUGGCUGACAUUUCACCUAGUUUAUAUUCUGGAGUAGCGAAACUAAGCAAGCUUAAAUGUUCAGCAUAUGCAACUUGCCUUCACAAUUCCUAAUUAUGAACAGGAAAUUACUUGACUUUAUGAUGUAUUUUAUAGUACUUGCUACUUAUGAAAUACACUAGUCCCAUCCUUCCUCCAGUUUACAGGCAAGAGUGAUAAGGGCUUUUCAGAUACAAUUUAAUAUAGACUAUUUUGCUUUCAAGGGUAAUGCUAGCAUGUUAGCUAUACUAAGUAAAACAAGUAGACAUGGCUGACUGCCUCCAAGGAAUACUGCAUCUGCAUAGAAGUAACUAACAUGGAUGUUGAAGGAAUGCUGAUUUCUCCAUGAGAUAUUGUGAGUUCUGGUCUGUAGCAACAGGCAGGGAAGACAAUGAUGCAGAAAGUGAGGGCUGAGCCAUGCUGGAGAAGAGAGAAGAGCGGUUCUCCACAACACCCAAAAUUCUCGAAACCCAACAUAUAAUCUGAAAAACAGCAGACACUCUUGGCCUAUUUAAAAUAAAGGAUCUGCCCUUUUUUGGAGUAAAAGUUAUAACAGAUGAAUAGACGUCAUAUCCAGAGGCAUUGCUUGCUUAUGAAGAGUUACCCCAACACUUUUUAUGUCCUUGAGAAAAAUGAUGACUUUGCAGUACUUUUCCCACUAGGUAAGCAGGACAAUUGCAUGCCCUUGGAGUGCCUUGUUUGCAGUGUGUGGUAUUUUGUGACAGGAAAUAAUAAGCAGUAUGCAGAGUGUUUGAAGUUCUGCUUUUGUUUUUAUGAAGUUCAUUUCCAAAGAAAAAGAUGGGUAUUAUAUAGUACUAAUACUGUGCUAGCCCAGUCCUAAACUACAUGAGAUUUUGACUGGUCAUGAGGCCACCUGCCUUACACUGUUGGCAGGAUUAGAAGUAAUGGUUAAUAAUAUAGGAAUUUUAUAGCCACAUUUCAGAAUUCUUUUUCUGAAGACUUUUUGGGGAGUUUUGUUCAUGCUUCCAUUGUUUGUUUUUUAUUUAGAAUAUUUUUUCCUGUCAUUGAAUGUGAAAUGCACUUCUUGUAGCUUCAAUACAUGCCUUUUUGUCCUGUCAGCUUGAAGUAGC